ACAUAAUAGAGCGGGAAUAUGAGUGAGAAUGUCCCGCAAGUGGUAGUUGCUCCACUACAACAGCAACAACAACAACCGCAACCGCAACAGCAGCAACAACAACAAGCACAGCCAGCAGCUCAGCUACCCAAUUUCAAGGAAGAUGAAAAGAUGCCACUAUUUCUCAUCAAACUGUGGAGCAUUGUCGAGGACCCUAAUUAUCAGCAGAUUGUUCGAUGGGAUGACUCUGGAUAUAGCUUUCACAUUAUCGAUCCAUAUUCAUUCUGCCGAAAUGUUCUACCGCAUUUCUUCAAGCAUAAUAACUUGAACAGUCUGAUACGACAACUGAAUAUGUAUGGGUUUCGGAAGAUGACUCCGGUAGAUCGAGGUUCAUUGACACGGACUGAGUCUGAUCAGGACCAUCUUGAGUUCAGCCAUCCUUAUUUCAUUCGUGAUCAUCCAGAGUUCUUGGUCAACAUAAAAAGGAAGCAAUCAUCGCGAACCACAGAAAACUCCGUGAAUGGCGUACAUGCACAGGCGAGUCUUCAGUUGGUCAUGGAGGAGUUGCGGCAGAUGCGCGAGAAACAACGUGCCAUGGAUAAUAAAAUGCAUGAGUUAGUCAAGGAAAACGAACAACUUUGGGAACAAGUCACACUUUUACGAGCCCAGCACAAUCGGCAGCAGCAAGUUGUUACCAAGCUUGUACAGUUCCUCGUUGCUAUGAUGCAGCCAAAUUCGACAGCAGCCAAGCGGGUGAUGAAGAGAGGUGUUUUGGCUAUUGAUGAGCCACCACAGAAGCGUAUGCGAAUGAAUGCCAACUCGAGCUCGAACAAUAUCAACUCCCUGACGGAUAUUUUGGAUCGUCUUCAACGAGAAAUGCAGGACAUUGGUGGAAUACGGGGUGUCGCGGCGGCAGCUAGCCGUGGCGAUGGACCCAUUAUAGCUGAUGUGACUGAUGAAUGGGUUCCUGGUGCUUCCUCUUCUGGAAGUCCGCAAAAUCCCCAAAAUCAAAUGGGACAAAAGAAUAAGCAACAGUAUGGUACCAACGGAUAUAAUGUGUCGUAUGCUUCACCACCCGCACAGCAACCACCCACACCUUCUCCAAGUGCCCCGGCAACACUAGGGGUGGCUUCACCAAGAAGGCAACAGAAUGGAAACGUAGUCACAUCAGCCGUACCCACUCCGCAACAGACACCUGGUACUUCGUACUCGUCAGCGAUUACCAUGUCACCCCAGCUAGAAAGGCAGUUCUCACAGGAUUUCCAAGAUUUUCUAAAUGGAAUCGAUCUGAGCAUCGAUAAUUGUCGCGAUCUACUUGGGAAUCACUGGGAUUUCAAUCUUUUUGAUAAUGUUGACACGGGUGAGGAGCAAGAACAAGUCCAGCCAGAAAAGCCGGAACUUGAGAAUAACGUUAACAAUUAUGGAGUUCCAUUCAACAAUGGACAGCAGCAGCUGAGAUACCCGGGACCGCGUUUGGCACUUGAGGGUGGCCCUCUAACGACUACCAGCAACACCUCGACUUUCAACAGCAGUCCGCAGGUGGAGGUGUUGGACGAGACACAUCCCGAAACUCACUCAUCGUUGGAGUUCCCGGACUCAUCUCUAAUGGGAGGUGAGGAUCUCCUAUUCCCAAACACUCCAGUCUUGCUUACACCAUGUAGCAGUCCACGUCCUUAGUGAUGAGUCGUUUAUAUCGUUUAUAGAUUUCUUUUUUACAUUGAUGAUGCUAAAUUAUGCUUUAUUUAUCUACGACUGCUGAUGCAACGGCUUUGAGAACGGUUAGUUGUCUUUUUAUGAAGCGCGCAAUAUACUGUUGGUACUUUCUAGUGUAACUUCACAAUCUCCACGUUUUCUGCCCAUAGUUGAAUUUGCGGGGUGGGCAGUCAAAAAAAUUCCG